ACCAUGACCGGCAAAACACAGACCAGCAACGUCACCAAUAAGAAUGACCCAAAGUCCAUCAACUCCAGAGUCUUCAUCGGCAAUCUGAAUACAGCCAUUGUCAAAAAAGGCGACAUCGAAGCAAUCUUUGCAAAGUAUGGGAAAAUAGUUGGCUGCUCAGUGCACAAAGGUUAUGCGUUUGUACAGUACAUGAGCGAGAGGCACGCGAGGGCUGCAGUGGCGGGAGAGAAUGCCAGGAUCAUCGCAGGGCAGCCACUAGAUAUCAACAUGGCAGGAGAACCAAAACCAUACAGACCAAAACCUGGCAACAAGCGGCCACUUUCAGCACUUUACAGACUUGAAUCAAAGGAGCCUUUCCUGUCCGUUGGUGGUUAUGUCUUUGAUUAUGAUUACUACAGAGAUGAUUUCUACAAUCGGUUGUUUGAUUACCACGGCCGUGUCCCUCCACCACCCCGUGCAGUGAUUCCACUGAAGCGUCCUCGUGUGGCUGUGACAACAACUCGCAGAGGCAAAGGGGUCUUCUCCAUGAAAGGAGCAUCACGAUCCACCUCAAGUGGGGCUUCUUCCUCAGGAUCCAAAUUGAAAUCAGAUGAGUUGCAAACAAUCAAGAAGGAAUUAACCCAAAUCAAAACAAAAAUUGACUCCUUGCUAGGGAGACUGGAAAAGAUUGAAAAGCAGCAAAAAGCUGAAGCAGAAGCUCAAAAGAAACAAAUGGAAGAUAAUGCUGAUUUGAUUCAAGAGGAAUGCAUAUCAGAGAAUGCAGAUAACUCUACAGAAGAGCCAAUUGAAGGAGGGCCAGAUGCAGAUGGGGAUGGAGAAGAUAUGACUGAUGGGAUAGAGGAGGAUUUUGAUGAGGAUGGCAGCAAUGAGCUGUUUCUACAGAUCAAGUGAUGAGAUGUCAUGUGUGAACCCCCUGAAGGCUGAGAAGAGAAACUCUGACUCCCCCACAGAAAAUUGUGAACUGCGGUUUCUUACUGGCUAGCAACACCUUUGACUCAAUUUAUAUGAAAUCUCAAUUUACUUAUUAAAAUGGACGUUAUUGUUCAAAUAUUAGAAAUUCCAUUUCUUAUAUGUUCUAAGCUGUACAAUUGUCAGAUUUUUAUGGUUUAGAUUGUAAAUGUGUUUUUCUCUGGCUAAUUAUUGGUAUUAUUUUUUUAAUUUUGAUGUCUUAAAGGCCAAUGUACUGUAUCAUAAUAAUAUGAAGGACAUAUUUAACAGGUGUGGGAAACACUGUAUACAAAUGUAUAUUUCUAAAAGCUAUUUUUAUGAUUAGCAUGUUUUACUGUUUUACCAUAUUUAGAGUCAGGUGAUAUUGCACUUCUUUAUUUACAGCUUAAUUAAUUCAAACAAGAUCAUAA